GCCUAAAGCCGCUAGUACGCACAGCGUUGCUGGCAUCUCUUGUAAACGGCGCUGUUCACUCUGGCGCUGUUCACUCUGGUGCUGUUCACUCUGGCGCUGUUCACUCUGGUGCUGUUCACUCUGGUGCUGUUCACUCUGGUGCUGUUCACUCUGGCGCUGUUCACUCUGGCGCUGUUCACUCUGGCGCUGUUCACUCUGGCGCUGUUCACUCUGGUGCUGUUCACUCUGGUGCUGUUCACUCUGGUGCUGUUCACUCUGGCGCUGUUCACUCUGGUGUUCUGUUCACUCUGGCUGGCGCUGUUCACUCCGCUGUUCACUCUGGUGCUGUUCACUCUGAUGCUAUUCACUCUGGCGCUGUUCACUCUGGCGCUGUUCACUCUGGCGCUGUUCACUCUGGUGCUGUUCACUCUGGCGCUGUUCACUCUGGUGCUGUUCACUCUGGCGCUGUUCACUCUGGCGCUGUUCACUCUGGUGCUGUUCACUCUGGUGCUGUUCACUCUGGCGCUGUUCACUCUGGUGCUGUUCACUCUGGCGCUGUUCACUCUGGUGCUGUUCACUCUGGCGCUGUUCACUCUGGCGCUGUUCACUCUGGCGCUGUUCCUCUGAUGCUAUUCACUCUGGCGCUGUUCACUCUGGCGCUGUGGCGCUGUUCACUCUG